AAUCACGAGCUUAGUGACGUCACAGUAGCGACAUAGAUGCUCGAUUGGGUGAAACCGUAACAGCUGAUAUGUGUCAUGUGCACAAAAAAAUAAAUCGUACUAUAUCAUAGAGUGAUCGCGUGUGUGGUGAGGGGGAGAGGAAUGUGACGUAUUGAUGAGACGAGGUGCAUGCGCAUGUGUGAACAGUGCCUGGCGUUGCAGCAUAGAUGGUUAGCGGAGUUAGGAGUUAGUUUGUCUAUGGCAGAGAGUAUAUAUGUAUGGUGCGUGGGUGGGGAUUUGAUGUGGAUGCAUGCGUAUCAUGAAUACGUUGUUUCAUGAUAUGCGCGAUACGCAAGCCUAUUCAAGCUAUUAAUUGCGUGAAUUUAUUGUGGUGGUAUUCAAUUCUUACUUUGAUGCAAGAAGGGUUCAAGCCGAGAAACCUUAUAUCGUACGCAAAAUAAUAAGAAAAUCCACGAUCUGUCGCGAUACAAAAUUCAUAACUAGUUAGGUUUUCGUGUUAUGACAUCUGUCAGUUGAAGAAAAACUGAUAUUGGACAUACUUUUUUACGCUAUUACACAGUUGACACGCUAGAGAUUUUAUACCAUAUAUUAGACAAACCACAGAGAGAAAAAAUGGUUUUUGCUUGUCAAAGGGAUAGCUUUUUAAAAGAGUUUAAAUCUACAGUUCUGUCAUGCACUCCAUCGGAGUUGGAAACUACAGUAAAUGGAAAGAAAGAAAUUGUGAAAGGUUAUGAGGUUAUUCUUGAUGAUACAAUUCUUUUCCCUGAAGGAGGAGGACAACCUUGCGACCAGGGCUUAUUGGGUGAUGUUGAAGUCAUUCAGGUGACUCGGCGUGGUACGCAAGCAGUACAUUUUGCAGUACAACCAGUUCCGGAGGGCAGUGUUGUUGACCAGCACCUUGAUUGGAACAGGCGUCUUGAUCAUAUGCAGCAACAUUCAGGUCAACAUUUAAUAUCAGCACUGGGAGAAACUGUUUUCAAAUAUCCUACCACAUCUUGGUGGUUAGGAACAGACACCAGUUACAUUGAACUAGAUACCUCUUCAUUGACACAGUCUGAAGUAGAUGAGUGGGAGAAAUUAGCUAAUGAGAAAAUUCGUGCUGCAUUACCAGUUGCAGUAACUGUGUACGAACGUGAUGAUCCCUCUCUGUCUGAAGCACACACACGUGGAUUACCAGAUGAUCAUGUUGGGCCUGUCAGAGUUAUAACUAUAGACGGAGUAGAUACUAACAUGUGCUGUGGAACACAUGUUAAUAAUUUAAGUCAACUUCAAGUUAUCAAAAUGUUACAUUUUGAAAAAGGAAAGAAGAAUAAGAUAAACCUUCAUUUCCUUGUUGGAAAUCGUGUUUUAAAUCAAAUGGCAACUUUGAUGAAACGUGAAAGUUCCUUGACAACAUUACUGAAAAACAGUCCAAGUGUACAUUUUGAACUUGUGGAUAAGCUACAGAAAUCAUUGAAAGUUACCAACAAAAAACUGGCAACAGUCCUUAAGGAAUUGGCAGUUUAUGAAGCACAGAAACUAUUAUCUUUAUCACCACGGCCGAAGUUAUAUGAGACACUGUUUCUUAUAACUGUUGGAGAUGAGAAAGGAGCUGGACAAAUGACCAUGUAUGGAGACCCAGAACUUAUUGCUGAACUAGGGCAUAAAAUCUGUGAAAUACUAGAUGGCAAAGGAGCUGGAAAAGGACAAAAAUUCCAAGCAAAAGUGUCAAAUCUAGCCAAACGGAAUGAAGCUGUAAAACUUAUAAAGAAACAUUUUGAAAGUUGUGGGAUUGCUGUAUAGGAACAAUUACUACUAAUUAAGUUACAGAAAAUAAACUCUUUACACAAAUGCCUUCUGUACUGUCAUGAGCUCACACCACAAAUUAAUUUCCUUGAAGAUAGCUUGUUGAAUCUGAAGUAGGUCCUCACUACAUCAUCUACCAAACUAAUGAAAGAUGAAAAUCUACUAAAUGAAGUAGAUAUGAGAGUUUUGGAGCUAUGAUGGAAAGGGUUAAAAUGAAAAUACUAGUCACAAAAAACUAUAUCAAAGUACAGAAAAUAGUCCUCUGCAUUUGCUAGCAGGCUGUGUGCACAAACAUUUGCUGCAAAGUUGGAAUAUCAUUUUCAUGGCAACCAGUAAUUGUCUGUAUGAAAGGUUUAUUUCAGAAACAACAUAAGUCAAGAGACCUUUAAUUGUUUUGUAUCAACAAAUUACCCAUAUUCAUUUAGUAAUAAGUGAAAUGAAAGGGACACGGAUAUAUCACAUAGAUUUUUUUUUUUAAGUUCUGAUAAGUAAAGUCGUCUCAUUUUGCAGAAAGCUAAAUGCAAUUUCUGUAAUAGCGAACACCAUUAAGUUGUUUCUGAAAUAAAAUCUAUCAUGGCGAAACGUAUUGCCAUUCAUUUAAUUCUUUACUUUAACACAACUUUAAGAAAGAGUACUGACACAUAAUAAAAAUGUUUCUAAUCCAUCAUAGCCUGACGAAAACCUCCAAUGAAGAAUGAUCUUGACAUACUAAAAGAAAACUCAAUCUUCAAGUCAAUAACUAGAAUGUUACACGACGAAACAAAUUGUGUGUUAUUUCAUUUCAUGUUUAAUUAGGCACACACUGGCCAGUUCUGUAGUGUAGUGGAAUGCAAAAACUUUUUCCUCUUGAAGGAUACUUGAUUGAUUUGAAGUUAUCAAUUGUUAUUUUCUUCCUUUAUAAGAAGAUGCCCCUCAAGGCUUGCCGAGUUCCUUGUCAAAAUUACUUCAUUAGCACUUUUCAUGCAAGACAAAAGACACACAUCUCAUGCAAUUACGUACAGCAUUUUUUAUAGAAUGGCUGAAGUAUGUAAAUUUGCUUAUCUGUAAAUGUUUUCGUGUGUAAUCUAGGGAUGUCCUUUCCUGAAAUUUUAAUAGAUGCCACGAUCUUUAGUAUAUUAUGGUCUCCAUCUUUUUAAAAAUUAGUUAUGUCAGAACAGUUAGGGUUGACAACUUGGAAUUUGUUCUUUUGGCUUGAAGUUACAAUCGCUUCCAUGUACUCAAAGUGUAAAUGUGAUCACAAUGCUGUAAUUUUCACUUUAGAAAACUCUCAAUCACACAGAAGGAACACAUAUCUUGGAAUUGGAUAAUAUUCCUCAAUGCUUUAACUUUUCUUUGUAGAAUCAAGGGCUGGCAAUACUGUGCGAUUUUUA